UUUUACACGAGAACACAAUGUCCAUCAGCUGUAUUGAAUCUUUCCAUGCACUUAGACGACAUAUAUCUGUGAAAUAUUGCGUAACCUUAUGGAAUGCUGCGUUUCCAAUUGGGAACCGUUACUCUCUGUUACGGGUCGGCACUCACUGAAGUACCCCAAAUCCCCUGUGCGGAGCGGAGUGUCUUGUUCGCACAGACUUCACCGUCCCGAGAUCCGUGAGAACCGUCCGCCUCUCUGCAGCCGAAACGCGUGGUUACCGGUCACCUGCGGUGUGAAAAUUCGGACCAAGGUCAGGUGGACUCAUGUCCCACAAGAGUGAGAGACUCGGCCCAACGGUGCAGCGGUCACCACCGCUUGUUGCGGGGUAAAAAUAAGACCGGCAAGGGGGUACUCAGUGGCUGUAUAUAAGACUGACUGUUGGCAGAAAAGUUGCAGUCAGCACACAGCGGCCACUAAAACAGACCAAACAUGAUCAGGAUGAUCGUUUUGUCGCUGUGUGCGAUGGUCGCGACUGCCGAUGGAAUACCUGGCGGGCCACUGGAGGGACUGCAAAGUGACGUCAGCGUGCAACAAUAUAACCCCUGGGGCAGCAGCAAUUACGGAAUUCAUCAGACUCAUGCCAACAAAAUCGGAAACCAGGGCGGUGGAUACGGCGGAUACGGAGGAUACAGCACGUUCACUGGAGGGAAGGCCAAGGUCUACGCUCAGGCUCAGGGAAUCGGUGGCCAUGACGGAUACGGUUCUGGCGGAUAUCGACGAAAGGGAUAUGGACACGGUGGAUCUGGUGGAUAUGGGCACGGUGGAUACGACGCUGGACACGGUGGAUACGGCCGAUACGCCUACGAAUAUAGUGCUGAUGUCGGACAGGACGGUUAUGCCGGGUAUGGUCGUUAAGCAAAUACCUCCUCUGUCUGUAUGGUGAUGAAUGUUGCAUAGAAAUGUGCUGGUUGUUGCAUCAUCUUA